GACAGCAAUGGAGUGGGAGAACCCCGACACGCCCAUCCUUCCCUCGCAUUACAUCAUCGUGGGCGGAAAGCGAUUCGUGCUACCGUAUUAUUUCGAGUUCAUUGCUCAUGUGAAGCAGCGAUGGUCUGGAAAGACAAUCGUGGACAUGUUUGCCGACGAAUUCAGGCAAAGGCCGUAUGAGUAUUAUGUUGAUGCUGUUCGAUCAGGCCGGAUUUUGUUAGAGGAUAAAAAAUGUGAGAGUGAAUAUAGAGUUCGAACGACACAGAAACUGAGCCACUUUGUUCACAGGCAUGAGCCACCGGUUCUGGCCGAGAGUAUUGUAAUUCUCCACGAGGGACCCGAAGUUCUCACAGUAUGCAAGCCAGCAUCUAUACCAGUCCAUACUUGCGGGCAGUACCGCAAGAACACUGUGCUUGGCAUCCUGCAAGCAGAGCACAACACCGGACCUUUAUUCCGUAAACUAGCUCUUUUCAUGCUAUUUUUCUUUCAACUCGUUUAUUUUCUAUCAGCUGUUCACAGGCUCGAUCGUCUUGUUUCUGGGCUUCUUAUUUUCGCCAAAAGCGCUGUGAAAGCGGACAAGUUUCGGCAGGACAUCGAGAAUGGUAGAGUUCGCAAAGUAUACGUUGCUAAAGUAACUGGCGUGUUUCCAGAAGAAGAGGUGGUGGUGAAUGCUGCUGUUCAUUACGAUGCACGGGAAGGGAGGAGCACUGUGGAGGUUUGCGAAGAACAGGAUAGCAAAGGGAAAGAAGCUUGUACGAGGUUUGUGCGUCUAAGCACGGAUGGAGUGUCCAGCAUCGUUGAAUGCAAACCUCUGACAGGAAGAACUCACCAGAUACGCGUCCAUUUGCAGCACUUAAAACACCCCAUCGCCAACGACGAUCUUUACCUUCAUGAAAAUCCUCCAAAACGCUCUAAAAGGGGUGGAACAGCAGACUCGGCAGCAAGGAGUGGCAUGAGCCGCCAGCAACAGGCACAAGAUUCCAGGAAGGUCGACGAUGAUCGAGAAGAACCAAGUUUUGAGACGGAUCCACUGUGUACGCAUUGUCCACGCUUGGGACCGUCGGGCUAUGACGACGACUCCGACGGGCUAUGGCUGCAUUGUGUGCAAUAUUCUUGCGAGGAGUGGUCGUUUGAGUGCCCCCUUCCUGCAUGGGCUAGCUAAACUCUUCCUAGACUUUACCAAAUGACUGGAAUGGAUACAAACUUCAAGUCUUA